UUCUCAAGAUUAAGUAUUUUAACUUAAUGGUAUUAUAUUAAGUUUGCAUUUUUUUGGAUAUAAUUCACAUUGAUUUCAAUAAAUUUAAAUGGCUGGUGUUAGCAUGUCAACUGCUUCUUUUCAACGAAAUGCAACAUGUUGUUGCUGCUGGGAAUUUUUUGGAGCAAGGUCAUUGUCUUUAUCUCCUGUAAAUUCAACAAUAGAAAAUUUGAUGAAGCUGUAUAUAUAUCCCGGUUAUUCCCUGGAAAUUAGCAGUUACCCAACUGUAGUUUGUUCCAGUUGUAGAAGGAAUCUUUACAUGAUCAAGUCCGGUAAUACACCCAGAGGCUCGUGGGGAGAGAAAGUAUCAAAGGUUGAAUGGAAAAUGUUGACCAGAAAUUCAAAUGGAAUGCUCCCAAUUAGUGAAACCGAACCAGUUAUAUCUUUUUCUGCCAAUAAUUCAAAGCUCUGUGGACAAUGCUACUCAAUCUUAUCAGCAGGACAUGUCCACAACUGUUCUUCAUCAACUGCUGUAAAAAACUUGAUUUUUCUAUCCACAAGUCUAGGGAGCAUUUAAGCUGAACAAGUUGCU